AUGAAGGACACAAGCCGUCAGUCUGUCCUGCACACUCGAGUCGUUGGAGGCAGCUUUCAGGCCGAUGCUCCUCCAGCCUCGAAGACACCGUCCACCUCCCAGCGCGAGUGCACUGCAGCCUUGGAUCCGGCGUGGAACCGCGACGGCCCGCCCGGGCGCCCGGCCUUCGGGCCGGAGACGCUGCAGACGAGCAACUACUCUCUGGUGCUCCUGAUCCAGAUCGGCCUGCUGGCCUUCGACCUCUUCGUCAACUCCUUCAGCGAGCUGCUGAGGGACGAACAGGCCGCCCAGCUGGUCCUCUUCAUAAUCCAGGACAUCGGCAUCCUGUUCAACCUGAUCAUCAUUCUGUUGAUGCUGUUCAACACCUACGUGUUCCAGAUCGGCCUGGUGGCCGUGCUGCUGGAGCGCUUUAGAGCUGCGCUACUGCUCUCCGCCCUCUACUUGACCUUCAGCAUCAUUCUGCACUCCUGGCUCAUGAAUCUACGUUGGCUGAAGACCAACAGAUUCAUCUGGACCGACGGCCUCCAGGUGCUGUUUGUGUUCCAGAGAGUCGCCUCCGUGCUGUACUACUACUUGUACAAGAGGACGUCGGAGUACCUGGGCGACCCCCGGCUCUACGAGGACUCGCCGUGGCUGCGGGAACUGUUCGCCCGGGUCAGACAGUGACCUGCACGAAAACACAAGGUCCCGGAUGGAGAGCGAGAGACUUUCACAAUAAAAGCGCGCGAACGGGAGGAAAGAGUCGACACAUUUAAAUGUGAUUGAGACGCAUUUAAUUUGGGGAAGACACGUUUUUGAUAUACAAUCAGGCCUGACAUGCAUUUCCUGUUAAAUACGCAUUGAAUUAAUGGAUCUGACAGAAACUUAUUCCACAGAACAUUUCCUUCCCAGCGCAGGACGGCUUGUGCCAAAAGAAAUCUGCCGAACGACGUCUCAUCACAUGAGAGGCGAGACCCGUCGCCCUCACACGCGCUUUUGUCUUUUCCUUUAGCUAUUUGCUGUAUACAUUUUCUUUUCUUUUUUAAAGACUACAUGUCCGUUGUUUUAUAUA